AUGUUGAAAAUGGAUGUUUUGGUAACUGCAAAACUUCUGGUUCGGAACUACCACGAAGCUACUCGUACUUACCGGAACCUGGAACCUGAUGUUUACGGUUUGCUGGAUUCGUUUACAGUUCGAACCGGAUCUCCGACGAAAGGGAGCUUGAAACGUCCUUGGAUCGAGUCCACAUUCGCCCGUCCGGAUAUAUGCUUGAUCAUUAAACGAACCCAUCCUGAAGAUGGUAUAGAAAGAACUGAACUACGUUUGGUUACCUAUCAAAAAGCUGGAGCUAAGGCUGAUGAUUUAAAACGGAAGGCACCUCAACAGAUGGUUUUACAGCAGGCUCAUGUACUGAUGGAAGCAGCUCGAUAUCUACAAGAUAGAGCAGAUGAUGCCGCAUGCGAUGAGGAUCGAGGGACGGGAGGUCGAUCAAGACCUAUCAGCAGAGGACCUAGUCCGUGUACAAGGAAUUUGGUUCGAUACUUUGCUCGACGUGCUGACGAAUCUGAUGAUCGAGAAUGGUCAACGAUUACGGGAAUAGCUGAACGUCUGCUGAUUGACGUCACUGAUUGUAUUCGCAAAAACAAACCUAUCAGUCAUGGUCUUCUAUGCAGAAUCAAGGGGUUAAACGAGACGGCCAAAGAAGCAACGCUGCAAUCCCAGGAAAAUCGGAAAAGGAAGAAAGAGAUCACACCUGUUUUUAUCAUCGCUGAGAGUGUUGAAUGCUGGGAUCGGAAUGUGAUAUGUCCAGAAUGCGGUGAGAGCGCACGGAACCUAAAAGAACUCGUUAAACACUGUACUAGUUCGCAUGGUGGAAUCGAGGAGUACCAAGUUGGCAAGUUAUCAUUUGACAACAACGACGACUUCAACGUAAUGGACGGUGUACCGACCGAGUUCAUUAGAUGA